AUGACUAGUAGAUACAGAGUGGACUAUGCACUUAAGGCUCAUCGUAAAGACGAGUUUAUAGAGUGGACGAAGAGUCUCUUGACGGUCCCGUUUGUUCUGCAUGCUGGCUCCAGCAACCACUUCCGGAUCGGAGAUGACUCGAGGCAAUCUGCUGAAGCCCGUCGGCGCUACGCCGAGAUUUUCCGUGAUUUGGAGCAGCUGAUUGCCGACCAGAUCUACUACCAGUCGCUCAAUGACGCGGAUCUUGGACGGCUGCGUCAGAUGGUGCCAUCCGUUGGCCACUUUUUCACCCGGCUUCCCCUGGAACGGGCCUUUUACGUCCAAGAUGAAAAACGCGCGCUGAGCAAGCGCAGGAUGGUGGCCCCGUCAUUCAACGACGUGCGACUGAUUCUUAAUACGGCACAAGCAAUGGCUCUUGCUAAGCCAAUUACUCGGCUGGAGCUAGCAACGUUCGAUGGUGACGUGACCCUCUAUGAAGACGGUGCGAAUCUCGAGGAGGGGUCGCCUCAGAUCACUCGAAUUCUGGCAUUGCUGGAGCGUGGAGUAGCUAUUGGCAUUGUGACUGCUGCAGGCUACCCCGAUCCUUCUGGCAAGAUGUACUUGGUCCGCUUCGGGGCUCUCAUUGAUGCGGUUCUCAAUUCCAACCUAGACCACGAGUACAAGGCCAAUUUGCUGGUCAUGGGCGGUGAAUGCAACUACCUGUUCCGAUUGGACCCUGAUAUCGGCGGACUGCGCUAUAUUGACCGGGAAGAGUGGGCACUUGACGAGAUGCUUGCCUGGAGAGAAGAUGCAGUCUCCGAGCUGCUUGAUAAAGCCGAGCAGGUUCUCAAGCGUCAGAUCGAGGUGCUCAGUAUGACCCAUACGGCAACUUUGUAUCGUAAGGAGCGCUCAAUUGGUAUGAUCCCCCUGAAGGGCAAGCGGAUCCCGCGAGAGAACCUCGAGGAAGUCGUCUUGAACGUUCAGCACUCGCUGUCUGCUUCACCUGCCGCCAAAGAACUGUACUUUUGUGCAUUCAACGGUGGACACGAUGUCUGGGUUGAUGUCGGUGAUAAGCGCUUUGGCGUAUUGUGCCUUCAGCGGUACUUGGGUGGUAUAGCUAUGGAACGCACUCUGCACGUUGGCGAUCAGUUUGCAUCUAUUGGGUCCAACGAUUUCAAGGCACGGCUUGUUGCCGCUACGGUUUGGAUUGCGGAUCCCCAGGAAACAGUUGAGAUCAUCGACGAGCUCGUUGACUAUUUAGACGAGUCCAACUCCGAGUGA